UAUAAACCUUGUGAUGUAUUUCAUAUCAUUUUUUGAAAAAGUGAUAAGUAGUGUAACAAAUGUCUAUUAUUUACAGUAUUUAAUAUUAGAAUAAUAAUUUUUAAUCAAAAAUUAUCGGUAUAAUUGAGACAAUAAUUACAGAAAGUACCAUUAUGACUUCAGAAAUUACUAAUAAUGUCUCUCUUAAGAGAGAACUAAAUGAAAUUGGAAAUGAUGAUAAAUGUAAAAAAGUAAAAAAUGAAGAUUUCGAUGAGCCAAUAUUAUCAAAAAGGCAAAAGAAAAAAAUUUUAAAGCAACAAAAAUGGUUAGAAACCAAAGCCAAACGAAAAGAAUUCAACAAAGAAAAAAAGAAAGAAAGAAAGAAGUGGAAAGCUGACAUGAAAGCAGCUGGUCAUGAAAUAAUUAAAGUCAAAACUACAAAAAUGAAAGAAAGCUCAUGCAAAACACGUAUUGUUUUGGACAUGUCUUACGAUCAUUUGAUGUCUAAUAAAGACCUAUGUAAGUGUUCAAAUCAAAUACUUAGAUGUUAUGGAUUGAACCGAAGAAUGAAAAAUCCAAUGCAAUUAUAUUUUUGUAGUUUCGAAGGAAAAGUUAAAGAAACUAUGUUGAAACACAAUGGUUAUGAAUACUGGGAUAUAAAUUAUAUUGAAGAAUCUUUUGAUAAAAUUUUCAAUAAAGAAGAACUUGUAUACUUAACCAGUGAUAGUAAUAAUAUAUUAAAUACCAUUGAUGAAAAUAAAGUUUAUGUUAUAGGUGGUCUUGUUGAUCAUAACUCAUGUAAAGGUGCUAGUCUUAAUCAUGCUGAGCAACUAGGAAUUUCUCACGCUCGUUUACCUAUAAAUGAAUAUAUUGAUAUGAAAACAAGAAAAAUUUUAACAAUCAAUCAUGUUUAUGAAGUUAUAUCAAAAGUAGUAUCUGGUGAUUCAUGGAAAGAUGCUUUAGUAAGUACACUACCUAAACGUAAAAUAUUCUCAGCCAAAUGUGAUGACUCUUGUGAUAACGAUGAAGUUGUAUUUGAAAACCUAGAAGAUGUAAUGAAGUUACCAACUGAAAAAAAUGAACUUUUAAAUAAAAAUCUAAUAAUUGAUCAAAAAAAAAAAGAUGUAGUACUUUAAAACAAAAAAAAAUUGUAUAUAAUCAUUGGACAAAUGUAAUCUUUAAAUAAAGAAACAAUUAUUUAGAA